UUUUAGAGAGAAUUAGGGGUUUCCGUAAAACCCUGGAUUUUAAUUUUUCUCUGCACCCUAAAACGUCGUUAGAACAAAGAAGCGGAACUCAACUCUGCAUUGCAUUCCUUCUCUGCCUCAGAUAGAACAGUUUUCGGUUGAGGAAAGAAGAGGAAGGUGCGAAGAGAGAUGGGAAAGAAGAACAAACUGAAGGAAAAUGGAGGCAAAGAGCAUUGCGCCUCAACACUUUUUGUCUCCAAUUUGCCCUAUACCUUUACCAAUUCUCAGCUGGAGGAGACGUUCAGUGAGGUUGGACCUGUCAGGCGUUGCUUCAUGGUCACACAGAAAGGGUCGGCCCAGCAUCGUGGUUUCGGAUAUGUCCAAUAUGCCGUUGAAGAAGAUGCUAACCGUGCUAUUGAGCUGAAGAAUGGUUCAUCUGUUGGAGGCCGGAAAAUUGUAGUGAAGCAUGCAAUGCCUCGUCCUCCCCGCGAAGAAAGAAAUUCAAAACCAAAUCAAGUGGGCAAGACAGAUGAUCUCACAAAGCUAAAAGAUGAUGAUGAAGAUGGUAGAUCAUCUGGAGCAGAAAAGCAUGUUUCAGUUUUGAAGGAAGAAGAAGUACAAGUCACAAAUAAACAAAAAAACUCAGGGAAGCCCAUGGAAACGAAAAAAUCAGCUCUUUGUAAUGAUGUAGAAGAUGAGGGUGGUUGCUCAGAAAAGCAGAGGGUUGCUAGAACUGUUAUAUUUGGUGGUCUCAUAAACUCUGAUAUGGCUGAAGAAGUUCACCGCCAAGCCAGAGAGAUUGGAACUGUGUGUUCUAUUAAGUACCCUCUUUCAAGAAAAGAUGUUGAGCAACAUGGUCUCCUGCAAGAUGGCUGUACUUUGGAUGCUUCGGCUGUACUUUAUACAAGUGUAAAAUCAGCUCGAGCUUCUGUUGCAGCGUUACAUAAAAAAGAGAUAGCAGGGGGAAGUGUUUGGGCACGGCAACUGGGUGGAGAGGGCUCCAAGACUCAGAAAUGGAAGCUUAUUGUCAGAAACAUUCCUUUCAAGGCCAAAGAUAAUGAAAUAAGAGAUAUUUUUUCAUCUGCUGGGUAUGUGUGGGAUGUAUUUAUUCCACACAAGUCAGACACAGGUCUGUCUAAGGGUUUUGCAUUUGUAAAGUUCACCUCCAAGCAAGAUGCAGAAAAUGCCAUUCAAAAGCUCAAUGGAUCAAAGUUUGCAAAACGGCUCAUAGCUGUUGAUUGGGCUGUUCCAAAAAAGAUAUUUAGCAGUGAUACAAAUAAUGCUCUUGAUUCAGAAGGACAACAAAAGAUGAGUGAUGACGAUAGUGCUGACGAAGAUGUCGAGCUUGUUGACAAACGAUCUGGUCAACGAGAUGAUAGUGAUACAGACUACUUUAUUGCCAUGGAGGAAGAAGCUGCUUCUCCUGAAGAUAAUUUUGAUAUGGAAGCAGACAUUGCAAGAAAGGUUCUUAACAACUUGAUUACAUCCUCAAGCAAAGGAACAUCUGUAAACAAUGAUUCUGUGUUGUCCAAAGAAAACAAUGAGCCAAGAUCUGAUGAAAUUGGUGAAGAUGCAGAAGGAAAAGCAUCUAAUGAGUCUGAAAAGGUUUCAGGUUUUUCUAAGCCUGAAGUUUCUGGCAGAAACUAUGAAUCAAAUCCUAAGGAAACUGAAGAUGAUUUGCAGAGAACAGUUUUCAUAAGUAAUCUUCCAUUUGAAUGUGAUAACGAAGAAGUGAAACAAAGAUUUUCUGGAUUUGGGGAAGUAGAAUACUUUGUUCCUGUUCUCCACCAAGUUACCAAGCGACCAAGAGGGACUGGUUUUCUAAAGUUUAAAACUGUAGAAGCAGCUAAUACUGCAAUUUCAACAGCCAGUUCCGCUUCUGGGAUGGGUAUUUUACUGAAGGGUAGACCAUUAAAAAUUUUAAAAGCUUUGGAUAAGAAAUCAGCACAUGACAAGGAAGUGGAGAAAGCAAAAAAUGAGGUUCAUGACCACCGCAAUCUUUACUUGGCAAAGGAGGGACUUAUUCUAGAGGGAACUACGGCUGCUGAAGGGGUUUCAGCCAGUGAUAUGCUGAAACGUCAAGGGUUGGAGAGGAAAAAGAAGAUUAAGCUUCAAUCUCCAAAUUUUCAUGUUUCAAGAACUAGACUCGUUAUCUACAACUUACCGAAGUCAAUGAAUGAGAAAGGACUCAAGAAGCUUUGCAUUGAUGCAGUCAUCUCUAGAGCCACCAAGCAAAAGCCUGUAAUUCGGCAGAUAAAGUUUUUGAAAGAUGAAAAGAAAGGAAAGGUUGCUCAAGAACGCCAUUCACGAGGAGUUGCCUUUGUUGAAUUUUCGGAGCAUCAGCAUGCCCUUGUGGCUCUGAGAGUUCUUAACAAUAAUCCUGAAACUUUUGGUUCUGAACAUCGGCCUAUCGUGGAGUUUGCUCUUGAUAAUGUUCAAACGCUUAAACUUAGGAAGGCGAAGCAACAAUUUUAUCAGCAGGGUUCCCAGGAUGACAACAAUGCCAUGGAAAAUGACAAGCCUGGCACAGUAGAAGUUCGCACGAGUUUGAACAACGGAAAAAGGAAAUCUAGAGAGCAAGGUGAACAGGUAAAGGACACGGCGCUGAAUACGAAUGGUGAAUCAGGUGGUACAGUGGCAAAUGGAAGAUCCCCUCAAGGAAACAAAUCCAAAAGACAUAAAGGCAACAAUAAGAGUAAAAGGGCACUAAAAGAGAAUCCAGAAGCCUCUUCCAUGAAGCCGAAGAAUAACCAAGAUGGCCAGAACAAUGGUGGUGCAUCUCUUGAAGGUAAAUUCACUGCCACUGACACUAAUAGAAGAAAAUCAGGAAACAAAGAUGAUGGGAGUUUUAGAAAAAGAAAGAUGCAAAACCAAGAACAAGAACCAGGCCAAAAGUUUUCCAAGAAACGGCCAAAGAAGAAUAAAGAUUCUGUAGGGAAGGACGUAGUAGAUAAGCUUGACAUACUUAUAGAACAAUAUAGAUCUAAGUUCUCACACAAGGGUUCCCAAGAGAAAGAUGGAGAGAAAAAACCUUCUAAACAGCUUAGGAAAUGGUUCCAAUCAUAAUUUACUAUUUGCUUGAUAUGAAUUUUGUUAUGUUAUAUUUUGACUGCCUCUUGAAGUUUAAGCAAUGUAACUUUUUUUGAAUGAGCAAUGUAACUUUAGUUGUACCGUAGCAUGUGCUGUUUUACUUUUGUACCUGACAAUUAUUUAAAAUUUAAAAUAUUUAUUAUUUUUCUGCUA